CGUUCCCCCCUCACUCAAACGCGCUCUGUGCCCCUGUCCACGUGCGCGCACGGAGCAGACGCUUCCAAGCACAGAGACACGGACAUGAGUUGAUUUUUUCUUGGUCUGGUAUUCUUGGUUUCUCGUGCUUUGACAUCAAAGAAAAACUCUUGCGGGACUAAGCAAAACGCUGUUAAACGCAGGUUUGAGGACUUUAGGCAGUUUUACGCAUUUUGUGGACAUCAUACUCACCAAAUGGAACCCACGGAAUACCCCGACACUUACGAGUACUAUGAAGACAACGAGACCGCCUGCGACUACUCGGAGUGGGAGCCCUCCUACUCGCUGAUCCCCGUGCUCUAUAUGCUCAUCUUCAUCCUCGGUCUGUCCGGGAACGGCGUCGUCAUUUUCACCGUCUGGCGCUCCAAGUCGAAGCGUCGCGCCGCGGACGUGUACAUCUGCAACCUUGCGCUCGCGGACCUGACGUUCGUGGUGACGCUGCCGCUCUGGGCGGUGUACACGGCGCUGGGCUACCACUGGCCGUUCGGCGUGGCCCUGUGCAAGAUCAGUAGCUACGUGGUGCUGGUCAACAUGUACGGCAGCGUGUUCUGCCUCACCUGCCUCAGCUUCGAUCGCUACCUGGCCAUCGUGCACUCGCUGUCGAGCGCGCGCCUGCGCUCGCGCGGCACCAUGCUGGCGUCGCUCGGCGCCAUCUGGCUGGUGUCGGGCGCGCUGGCGGUUCCCACGCUCCUCUUCCGCACCACCGUGAACGAGGCGGGCAGCAACCGCACCACCUGUGCCAUGGACUUCAGCCUGGUCACGCUCAACCGGCAGCACGAGUCUCUGUGGAUCGCGGGCUUGAGCCUCUCGUCCUCGGCACUGGGAUUCCUGCUGCCCUUCCUGGCCAUGACUGUGUGCUACUGCUUCAUCGGCUGCACCGUCACACGCCACUUCAGCCACCUGCGCAAGGAGGACCAGAAGAAGCGGCGCCUGCUGAAGAUCAUCACCACGCUGGUGGUGGUGUUCGCCCUGUGCUGGACGCCCUUCCAUGUGCUGAAGAGCAUGGACGCGCUGUCCUACCUGGGCCUGGCGCCCACGUCCUGUGGCUUCCUGCACUUCCUGCUGCUGGCACACCCCUACGCCACCUGCCUGGCCUACGUCAACAGCUGCCUGAACCCCUUCCUGUACGCCUUCUUCGACCUGCGCUUCCGCUCACAGUGCUUGUGUCUGCUCAGCCUGAAGAAGGCCAUGCACGGUCACAUGAGCUCCAUGUCCUCCACGCUCAGCGCACAGACCCAGAAGUCCGAGGUGCAGUCGCUGGCCACCAAAGUGUGAGGGGGGGGGGGAAGAGGUGAGCAAGGGCAACCCGGAGCAGGAUGGGGGCAGGGGAGAGGCCAAUCUGGCUGGGUUGGGCCCCUAAGACGUGAAUGUUACAUGAACUGGGGAGAUAAGAUAAUGGACACUGGAGCGUCUCUGCCUCUGUCUGCCAGCACUGGUGAACUUGCAGUGAGGACAGAAAACAGACUCCUAUAUAUACAGUAUGUAAAUAAUACUCAUGGGUUUGUGUAUUCUACUGUAUGAAUAAUGGUGUGUGUGUGUGUGUGUGUCUGUGUGUGUAUACACUGGUAUACAAAUACAAAUUGUACAGUAUUUUCAUACUAUUUUUCUGCUAAGUUGAGAAGUUCACAAAUGCAUUUAGUGUCUGUAGCACUUGUUUAAAUGAAAAUGAAAAAUAUAAAGUUUCAUAAUAAAGCCUUUUCCUGGA